AUGACACAGGAAUACUUUCGCAUAUUCGAAGCGCACAUUGCCGCGCACGGGAUGCCGGCAACGUAUAAUGAUAUACCCCUGGAGCUUCAGCGAAAAUUGAUUGCGGACCGGCAGAAGCACGAGCGCAGAGGGAAACAGGCGUCGAUGUCUAGUUCUCGUAUGGCGCCCAUCAACAUCACUAACGUAUUGCCUAGCCAGCCUCAGCACAUGUCACAUGUCGAAGGUGAGAACGGUCAGUUGACGUCUAGGUAUCAUUCAGACGCAGCAGGACUCCAGCAACUGGAAUUUCCUGGGCUUCGCGAUGAUGCGUUACGAGAAUACGCCACCUGGCAGCAAUCGAGGGUCCGGGAUCCUUUGGUUAAAGCUGGCUUCGAAAAAGCUUACGAUGUAGCGUUGAAGGAGGGUCUUUUUUUGGAAUCCAUCUACGAAGAACCAAAUCCUAGUGUCUUUAUUCAUAAAGGUGUGCCGGGGGGCGUUGCUUGGUAUUUCUGUCGCCGUAAGGAUAUUGAAAACUUUUAUUACGGCAACAAACGUAUGAGACUGGACGGAGGCGACGACGGAAGUUGA